CAUGACCAGGCAGGAGAGGGAGAGGAGAACGAGGAGACGAUGCACGAGAUCCGUAGCAAGGCGUUCAAGAUGGUCAGGAAUGAGGGCAAGAGCGAAUGGAAGGACCUGGGUGUAGGCAUGCUUCGCCUCAAGAAGCACAAGGAGACAGACUCUCGACGCAUGCUCCUCAGAAAUAGCAGCACAGGCAAGAUUACGGUUAAUUUCCUGCUCUAUCAUGGAAUGAACGUCACAGUUGCCAAGAACGUAGUUUCGUUCAUUGGCCACACUGAGGGCACGUCGACGCCAUACAGGAUCAAGACAAAGACGGAGGAACAAGCGAAGGACCUCAAGUCUGCCCUUGACCACGAGAUUGAGUUCGUCCACGGCAAAUCCGAGCCAUGA